AUCUUUAACCAAUCAAAUCUCUUUAAACUUGUAUUAGUAGACUAAACAAUUUUCUCUUUUAAAUACAUUUUGUUCUUUGUUAUUUUUGCCAAAACAUCCAAACCAUUUUUCCGCUCACUGUAUUUUGUUUGAAGACUUUCAUAAAACUUCAUUUUCUACUUCACUAGACCAUGUCAUAUUUUCAAGAAACUAACCAUAAGAAUUGGGAUUUAGUAGAAGCUAUAGAAUCAAAAUUAACAAUCAACUGGAAGCACGACUGGACGAGAAUAACUAGAGAGUGUUUAUUAAAAUUAAACCCUGAGGCUUCUUCAUCCUCUUCUUUUCAACCAUCGUAAGUACAUAUACCUAUCCCUUCUUAUGCAGAUCGAAACUAAUUCUAUGCUAUUUUACGCAACAAUCUUUAUUUUUAAGUGUGAAUUUUGAAGCAGAUAUUGCUUCAAGCUUUAUUAUAAAAUACAAGAAGAUUCACAUACACAAAAAAG